AUGGAUCUAAAUAAAAGAAAUCAUUAUGCAUUCAUUGCUUUGAUGGAACCUUUUCAAGAUCCAUCAGAGAUAGAUCAAUAUAAGAGAAAGCUGGGUUUUGAUAAUGCUGGAGUAAAUUGUUCCAGAAAAAAUUGGUAUUUCUGGAGGGCGGAGUGGGAAGGAAACAUCAUUCUGGAUACUGUGCAACAAGUUACCAUAAAAUUCAGAAUAAACAACAGGCAUUACAUUAUUUCAGUAGUAUAUGCUAGAUGCAAUACAAUGGAAAGACUGGAACUUUGGGAUGAGCUGGAGGGUAUUGUUAAUAGGGAACUUUUUCCUUGGGUUAUUGGGGGUGAUUUCAAUGUUAUUUUGAAUGAGGAGGAGAAAUUGGGAGGACUGCCUUUUACCCAGAAUGAGGCCAUUGAUUUUGCAUCAUUCAUCAGUUCAUGUGCUUUGACAGAAGUACAAACUAUAGGAAGCAAAUACACUUGGUGGAAUGGGAGGAUUGAAGUGGAGUGUAUUUUUAAAAGACUUGACAGGAUCUUGGUUAAUCAAGAUUUUUUGGAGGAGUUUCCAUCUUCAGAGGUGCAUCACUUGAUUCGACAAGGAUCUGACCAUGCACCCCUACAUUUGAUAUGCAAAUCAGCUGAGGAAAUCAUGGUCAAGCCUUUUCGUUUCCUCAAUUUUUGGAGAAAACACAAAAAUUUUAAAAAGAUUGUGGCAGAGAAUUGGAUAGUGGAGUUUGCUGGGAAUCCUUUUAUAGAAUUUCAUGCAAAGAUGAAAAAGGUCAAAAAGGCGCUGACUGGAUGGAGUAAAGAAGCUUUUGGUAAUAUAUUUCAACAAAUUGCCACCAUGGAGGAUGUCAUUAAAGUUAAGGAGGAUCAAUUGGAGAUACAACCUUCUGCAAGCAAUAGAGCAGAUCUGAAUAAAGUGGAGACGGAACUGAAGAAAUUCUUAAGGCUUGAAGAGGAAUUCUGGAGGCAAAAGGCGGGUAUGAAAUGGUUUACAGAAGGUGAUAUGAACACGAAGUUCUUCCAUUCUUAUGUGAAGGGGAGAAGGAAGAGGUUACAUAUUGCUGAAAUUGUAACAGAGCAUGGAAUUACAUUAACAUCCAAUGAUCAAAUUGGGCAAGCAGCAUUGGAAUUUUUUGGGGAGCAAUUUCAAGAAAAUGAUUAUGUGGAUGACUAUGCAAUGUUAGAUCAUAUUCCAAGAUGUAUUACAAAUGAGGAAAAUGAUGCCAUGUGUAGUCUGCCUACGAAUGAAGAGGUUAAAAAGGUGGUGUUUAAGUUGAAGGGUAGUAGUGCAUGCGGUCCGGAUGGAUUCACAGGGCAUUUUUAUCAAGAUUGUUGGGAGAUAAUAGGGGAGGACAGUACUAAAAUGGUGAAAGCAUUUUUCUGCGGACAAGAGUUGACAAGAUUCAUUACACACACAAAUUUGGUGUUGUUGCCUAAGAAGGAGACAGUGAAGCAUUUUUCUGAUCUAAGACCCAUAAGUCUUAGUACUUUUAUGAACAAAAUUCUUUCCAGGUUGAUUCAUGAGAGAAUGGUAAUGGUUUUGCCUAAACUUAUUUCCCCUACUCAGUCAGGUUUUGUAAGGGGAAGAAGUAUUACAGAAAAUGUUCUGCUGGCACAGGAGAUAAUCAGGGAUAUAAAUAGAAGAGCCAAAAAUGUUAACGUGGUGGUUAAGCUGGAUAUGGCCAAGGCAUACGAUAGGGUUUCAUGGAUUUUUCUCACUAAGGUAUUACGGAAAUUUGGUUUCUCAGAAAUUAUGAUUGAUAUGGGUGAUCCUUUAUCCCCAACCCUCUUUAUUAUAGCUGCAGAAGUUCUAGCCAGGGCCCUGAAUAGCCUGCAUAAGGAUGAUAAUUUUAAAGGAUAUGGAAUGCCUAAGUGGAGUCCAGAAAUCAAUCAUUUGUCAUAUGCAGAUGACACAAUUUUAUUCUGUUCUGGAGAUAGAGUUUCAGUGAUAAAGAUGAUGAAGAUUCUGAAGGAUUAUGAAGCAAUAUCAGGACAAAUGAUUAACAAAUCAAAGAGUUUUCUAUGGAGAAAUAACUCUUGUUAUUAUGAGGAGCUUAUUAGGAAAAUAGCCAAAAGGAUCUUUGCUUGGCAUAACAGAUUCUUGUCCUUUGGUGGUAAACAAAUUCUUGUGAAUUCUGUCCUUCAGUCUUUACCAAUUUAUAUGUUGUCUGCUAUGAAUCCCCCAAAGAGAGUAAUGGAACAAAUACAUCAAAUUUUUGCCAAAUUCUUUUGGGGAAAGUCGGGAGGGGUAAAGGGAAAGCAUUGGGUGGCCUGGAGGGAGCUUUGUUUCCCAAAGGAGGAAGGAGGUAUUGGAUUUAGAUCACUUCAUGACAUCAAUAAAGCUUUAUUUGCUAAGUUAUGGUGGAACUUCACAGUGUCCACCAACUCGCUAUGGGCUGGUUAUUUGUGGAAUAAAUAUUGCAAGAAAUUGCAUCCAAUCAUGGUGAAUAGUACGGGUGCCUCACACAUAUGGAGGAAAAUGGUCACCAUUAGAGAAAAGGUGGAGCAUGACAUUUGGUGGCAAAUAAAAGCUGGAAAUUCAAGUUUCUGGUUUGAUAAUUGGACCAGAAAAGGGGCCUUGUACUACACUGAAGGAAAUAUGGCACAAGAUGAGAAAAUAGAAGUCAAAGAUUUUACAACAAAUGGGGUAUGGAAUGAACACAAGUUGAAAGAAGUCAUAUCUGAAGAGAUGGUGCUGCAUAUAACAAAGAACAUUAGACCUCCCAUUAGUGAAGCUAUAACUGACAAGGCCUGGUGGACUCAAAGUAUGAAAGGAGAGUUCACUGUGAAAUCAGCUUUUCACAAUUUGAGAGGGAAGAAGGCAGAAAAUGAGUGGAGUAAUUACAUGUGGGUAAAUGGGCUACCAUACAAGAUUAGUUUCUUUUUAUGGAGAGUUUGGGGAAAAAGAAUAGCCACUGAUGAUAAUCUAAAGAGAAUGAGGAUGCAAGUGGUGUCUAAAUGUUACUGCUGUGAAAGAGGGGAAAUGGAGACUAUGUCUCAUUUAUUACUAACAGCUACCAUAGCCCAAAAGCUAUGGAAGCAGUUUUCUUCAUGUGUAGGUAUCAAUAUAAAUGGAUUGACUCUAAAGCAACUCAUUUAUAGGUGGUGGGAGCUCAAAAUGUCAAAUAAGCUGGAUCAAAUACUAAAGGCCAUUCCAGCUAUCAUCAUGUGGGAGUUGUGGAAAAGGAGAAAUGCACCUAGAGAUGGAUGGAUUACUUGCAACACUGAUGGAGCAAGUAAAGGGAAUCCAGGCCAAAGUACUUAUGGUUUUUGUCUAAGGGAUAGCAAAGGAGACCUCAUAUAUGCAGAGGCCCAGAAUUUGGGGAUAACUACUAACAUGGAAGCAGAGGCAAAGGCAUUGUGGGAAGCAUUACAGUAUUGUAUUAGAAGUCAGCUAAACAAUAUUCAGUUGGAGACGGAUUCUCUAGUACUAAAAAAUAUGAUCUACAGAAAUUGGAGGAUACCGUGGGAGCUAGCAGAAAUAAUGGACGACAUACAUGACAUGCUUGGAAAAAUCACUGUUAAUGUACAACAUAUUUUCAGAGAAAAAGCAACCCAGUCCCUUCAUUUAGAAUCAAGACAAGGAGAAUUAGCAACACUAACUACAAUGGACAACAUGAUUAGAUGCAGAUUCGACAUUACAUGGUUCCACAACCAUGAUAUAUAUAAGGCAAAAUGGAUCGAUGACAGGAAAGUUGAGAGUAAGGAAGCCAAAUCUGAAGUGGGAGUGAGCAUCCGUCAAGGAGAUCGUACCAUUGAAGCUCGGGAGCAUCUUCUCCUAUACGGCUUCAGCUACAUGAAAAAAUGGAACAGAAGGAGUGGAAAGGAGGACAGAACUGGGGAACUAAAUCAAGACUUACAUGGAUUUGACAAAUUGGGAAGCAAGGCACAUACUCUCUAUAAAUUUCAGCUUGAACUCCAGAUUCCUAUCCGGACAGUACACCUGCAAGGAGAACGGAAUCAAAUGGGAAAAAGAGAAAUGACAUUGAAACAAAAAUGGGUGCAUUACCUUUUCGAGCUGGUUACCACAUAG